GUUCUUCUCUUAGCCUUUGGAUAUUAUGACCACAUCAUGUCAUAUGUAUAUAAACAGGCUUCUAAUACUCUUGAGUUUGUAUUGCAAUGGAGGAAGAAACAUUGCGUAAAGGUCCUUGGCUUGAGGAGGAAGACGAGAAACUGGCUGCUGCUGUUGCCUCUUUGGGAGAACGCCGGUGGGAUGCAUUAGCUAAGGCAUCAGGGUUGAGAAGGACUGGCAAGAGCUGCAGGUUAAGAUGGAUGAACUACCUCCGCCCCAAUAUAAAGCGCAGUCGCAUCACCACAGAAGAAGAGCUUCUGAUUAUUGAACUUCAGAGAAAAUGGGGAAACAAGUGGGCAAAGAUAGCUAAACAGCUGCCAGGAAGAACUGAUAAUGACAUAAAGAACUACUGGAGAAGUCACUUGAGGAAGAAAAUUCUUCGAGAACAAGAAUGCUUCAAGAAUACUUCAAACAAAGCUCAACAGAUGAAUACUUCCUGGCAUUCCUGCACCACUGCAGACCGCGCUUCCCUCAAGGAUGGUUCUUUGGGUUCCUCUGCUGAUUCUUCAGAGGUAGUUGAGUUGCCAGAUUAUACGCUCGUGAGCUCUCCAUACGAAGAGCGAUUAUGGAAUUGGAUGUCGAGCUGGUCUCACGAGGAUAGCGAGAUGGAACAUCAUGGGGAUGGAGAAAGUUGCAGCAGAUAUCAGUGGUGUUGUCAACCUCAAUGGACUUCUGAUUACUCAUGCAUUGGAACAAUAUGGGAUUAUGCUUCAUCUUCCAUCUGGGACAACACUAGUUAAAACCAAACAUUCUUCUUCAGGUUUCUGUUCUCAGUGGAAAAUGAAGAAAAAAGAACCUUACAACUGUACAUGCAUGUAUAUAUAUAUAAAUUAUGGACAAGUGGAUUACUGUAAUUAAGAACUUUCUUUGCUGCUUUAUUGAGGUUUCUCUUUUCAUUUUUC